UUUUAUUGAAAUCACUUUAUGUAAAUUAGUAUUGCGGAUAUGUUGAUACAGAAACUGUGUUGAGGACUUGGGUACCAAAUCGUUUGAAGAAGAAAUACAAGAGGAAAUAAACGGCGGAAUACAACACCCAAAAUUGUACUUACGAAAGUCAGAUUACAUAACAAUGAAGGGGUACCUUACACAUCUGUUAAUUUGUGCAUGUUGGUGUUCUCUGGUAAUGGGCUGCGGUCGCGGCGGGGGUCGUCGCUGUCCACCGCGUGAUACAACCAAACCUACAAUAACAUGUCCACCAGACAGGCACGAAAUCGCUGAUCCAUUUCAAAUAAACACUAAAGUAGGGUGGGAUGAAAGUUCCAUAGUAGCAAAUGACAACCGGGACGGACCUAUAACGCCAACCAGAAUCGGAAAGGCGCCAGGGAAAUUAUUUUCCGAGGGCGCUACAACAAUAAAGUACCAUGCUAAAGACAAAAGUGGAAAUUAUGCGUCUUGUACAUUCACGAUAAAUGUAAAAGUUCUACGUUGCAAUCAUUGGGGUGAUGUACCUGACGGCUGGAAGAUAUGUCACGUGAGUCAUGACAUGAGACUUGGUAGUAUAUGUCGUUUUGGUUGCUACGGAGGCCACGAGCUGGUCGGGGCAAGCAGAACAGAAUGUUUGGAGUCAGAACAAUGGGACACGGCCACUCAACCUUACUGUCAAAAACUCCAGUGUGAAAAAUUAUACCCAACUUCCGGUCAAUAUGGCGUCGUAGAUAUAACAUGCACUGAUGAUAACUACUACAGAAGUAUGUGCUCUUAUAACUGUGCCGAUGGCUACAGCGUGUUACCAGGUCAUAGCAAGGUUCAAGUUUGCAACGAGUUUGGCUUUUGGCGUGGUAGUACGCCUAUGUGUGUAGACACCGAGCCUCCAGUAUACACAACUUGCCCGUAUGUUAAAGUUGGUUAUGCUGAACGCACGAAGACAACAGGACGUGUCUGGUGGAACGAUCCUAUAGCUUCUGACAACAGCGGAAGUGUCACUUCUACUCAGAUUUCUGGGCCAGAAUCUGGAUCAGACCUGCAAGUUGGCGAAUAUACUGUCCAAUACAUGGCAAACGAUGCCGUCAAUAACACAGCCAUCUGUGAGUUUAAGGUUGUCGUAAAACAGAUAAAAUGCCACACUGUAUACCCACUGCCGUACACUUCCGUAGUAUGCCCGGAUGGAAGGAUCUACGGAUCUACUUGUCAGUUCAUGUGUGACAAUGGUACAGUUCUAAAUGGUCCGGCAUAUGCUGAAUGCGAUAAAACGGGCUCUGUCGUCCCAUACGGAGCUUGGACAUUCGGGGACAGCCAACCAUAUUGUGAAAGUCAGAAUACGUGCCCAGCCCUUAGUGCCCCAGACAAUGGCGCACUGGCAUGUGACACAUGGCUCAAUGGGAAGUAUUGCCAAAUGUUGUGUGAAGAUGGUUAUGUUGUCAUGGACGACCCGCAGACGGCAGCUAACGAAGUUCGUAUACACAAAACUUUACUGGUAUGUGGCGAUUCUGGAACAUGGUACAUUUCCGGCGACAUUCCGAAUUGCCAAGAGGUUGACCCAAGAAUUGCGCUGUUAUUCCGAAUCGAUAUUAACUAUCUUUACUAUGACGGCCCAUGUGAUGAAACCAGAGAUGAUAUAAAAAACAAGUUCAUCGAGGCUUUCACGGCAGCCACGAAUCAGACAUGCAAGCAACCGGACUGUCAAGUUUCUCUUGUUCAAAUUAUCUGCGGUGAUAGAACUGGUGGUACUGACAGGAAACGUAGGGAUGCCACUAACGGAAUACAAUUCGAAGUGGAAGUGGAGAUCUCCAGCAACCAGAGUUCUGCGGACAAGCUUAAAGCAAGAAGCUCCAUCAAAAAUUCACUGAACGCGGCACGUGAGAGCGGGAACCUUGACAUUGAAAUAGACGGUACUAUCAACAGUCCAUCUGCUAUAAAGGUUUCCCAGCUAGAAGGGAACUGUACAGUUGGAAGUGCUUACAACAAGAAAACAUUACAGUGUGUGACAUGCAAAGCAGGUUAUUACCAUGAUACCAAUAGUGACGUCUGCAGCCCUUGUGCUCGUGGUUCUUAUCAAGAUCAAUCUCGACAAAACUCUUGUAAACCUUGCCCUGCAGGCACAACAACCAAAACUAAGGGAGCUCACUCCGCAUCCCAGUGCGAGGAGGCGUGCCCAGCAGGAUUUUACUCAGCAACUGGGACCCCGCCCUGUUCUGCCUGUGAUCUGGGAUGGUUCAGUGAAAACUAUGGAAGCAAGGAGUGUACACAAUGUCAGGGAUCACAAAUUACACUUAUAGCUGGGGCAACAUCCGGGUCUCAAUGUAAAGAGUUUGAUAUCACUUACAACAAACUGAACGAGUCGGAUGAGCUUUCUGCGGCUACCUUAAAUUUGGAGUUUGCUGACAUGAGUCAAUUUACUCUAACAUUGUUUGUCAAGUGUGAGCAGUGUAACAGUAUCUUUAGCAUCACCAGCACAGAUCAGACGAUACUUUCUAUUAUAAACACUGAUGAACUGUUGGUCGAAUAUAAUGGCCAUACAUUUAACACUGGUGAAGAUAUAGCCAACUCUAUGCUGUGGAACCAGAUAACAGUUGUAAAAACUGGUACUGAACUGAGUACAUACUUGAAUGACCGCCAACUAUUUAUGGAACAGUUAUCUAAGCGGAAAAGAAGGUCCACGGAUACUGCAAUGAAUGUUACAAUUGGAGGUGAAGGAUUCGUAGGUUCUGUGUCUCAGAUGAAUAUAUGGUCAGAUGUAAAUGCCUUUUCCCCGACAGAGACAGACACGUGUUUUGGUACAGACAAAGGUGAUCUGAUAAAUUGGAGACAAUUCUCAGAGCUGGAUGGAUCGUUUGUACUUAUAAAGAGCAAAUGUGAUGUUGACAAUGGCUGUCAGGAUUUGCCGUGUAAAAAUGGUGGCUCCUGCUCAGAUUCUGUUGGAAGCUUUUCCUGCGCGUGUUUGAGAGGUUAUACCGGAAGUUUAUGUGAAGUCAAUAUUAAUGAUUGUCUUGACAACGCUUGUGACAAUAAUGCUACAUGUAUUGAUGGAGAGGAUACAUACACGUGUGUUUGUUCAGAAGGGUUCACUGGACAAUUGUGUGAAAUACGAUACGUGGACGGUGGUUGGACAGAGUGGGAGACAAGUGGUGAAUGCUCGGUGACAUGUGGGCCAGGGUGGCAGCAGUUAUCACGUGUUUGUGAAAAUCCUAUUCCUAUAAAUGGAGGGAGAGAAUGUGAAGGCAGUAACACGACAGUGGAUGUAUGCGAAACCAACGUAACCUGUGUAAACGAAUGUGUGAACGAACCUACACACCUCGAAAAUGGAAAAAUGAACUGCGAGUGGACAAACAAUGAGACACGUGUUUGCAAGCCCACGUGCGAUGAAGGUUUCGACUUUGAUGGAGACAUAUUCAACAUGUCUGGAAUCAUUUGUGGACCAGACACUGGUUACACGUGGAACAUUAACAACACUGACAACCCGCAGUCUCAAAUACCCUCUUGUACACCAAAGCUCCCGGCACUGCGCAACAAACUCAACAUAUCGGCUGAAUACCCAACACUUUCCACAUUAACUUCCGACUUGGCCUCUCAUGUAAAGACGAAGGUAAAUAAUAAGAUGAAACAGAUAACAAGUAUAGAUAACGGAAGUGUUGCGCUGCAGGAUACACAUGUCUUCACUUCCGGCCAAUCAUCGGAGAGAAAACGAAGGGACACAAGCUAUGUGAUGUUCACGAUAGAGUUAACAUGUGAUAUUACUGCCGGCAUAAACCAGUGCUACGACCUUCUUGCUGAAAUUGUGGAAGCUUUAAAUACAUACAUUGCAAACUUAGAAUUUACCAUACAAUAUGGUGGCGAUGACCAUGAUGUUGCUGUGAACAGUUCAACUCUGGACGGUGUGUCAGUGUGUGAACCAGGACAUGUUUCUGUGUGGCAAUACUGUGUGUCAUGUGGAAAAGGAACUUAUGCAACCAAUGAUUACUGUGAACGUUGUCCGCGUGGAUACUAUCAAGACGAGGAGGCUCAGACAUCCUGUAAGCAGUGUCCGGAAGGAUGGACCACAGCUGGGCUGAUGACAAGGGCCAAUGAAUAUUGCAACAUUGCUACCCCAGAGGAAGACAGUUCUGUAUUCAACUGGUUCAUUACCGGUCUAGCUAUUGGUGGUUCUGUUGCAAUUUGUCUUAUCUUAAUGGCCACGAUCAUGUUCAUCUGUAAAAGCAUGAACUCACGGAAGAACCGGACCAAUUGUGGUAGCAAUAUCGGACAUAUAGAUUCACCGGACAAUAUGGCUAACGCAAAUCGUAGAUUUGAGACGAGAAACCUCCCGAAUAAUCCGAAUAGAUUGGGGGAAAACUUAGAUACUGCAGCUAGAGAUAACUGGGACAUGCCACCUGCAUACAGUGUAAUAGCAGCAGCUGGAUACCCGAAUGUUUCAAAGGGAGCGAUGUCAGCAGCACACGACAAUCCAGCAUAUACAGAAUGGAGUGGAAAUCCUUGGAGAGACACCGACUUUAAUACAGAAAAACGCCCAUGCUUCAAACCAAGGCAUGACUCUCCAGUGCCAGUGAAGACUGAUGCAUGGUCCUAAGAGGACUGAUCACAAUAAAGUGAAUAUUUCAACACAAACUGAAAGAUUCAACGGUGAUUGUAAAAUGAUAUGAUUCACUGCUGAAACCUUUUUACAGUCAAAUGAUAUUGUUUCACUCUGUGAUAAAACAUUACUUUAUGUUUGUUAAAUUGUCAAAAAUCUGUGAUUUAAUUUAUUUACAGUUUAAAAAAGUUCAUUCAGUCGAAAGCCAGAUUGCCAGAGUUAAUACAUGGGCGGAUCCAGUAAAAAAGUAGUUUUUAUGCAAGAAUACGUAACUUCAUCACAACAAGCUUGUUAGCUCAACUUUUCGAAGAAUAUCCCUAGCUAUUCUACUCAGGCUGGCGUCGGCGUCGGCGUCGGCGUCGGCGUCACACCUUGUUUACAAUUUUGCUUGCAAGUACGGAAAGUUAUCAUUUAAAGGCAUACAGCUUUGAAACUUAUUUUUUCUUUUCCUAGGUCAAUUACCAACCUCACUGGGUCAAGUCCUAUAACUCUUACAUGUAUUUUGGGCAAAUCAUGCCCUUUUGGACUUAGAAAAUCUUGGUUAAAGUUUUGCAUGCAAGUUACGAUCUCAAAAACAAAUGCAAAUAUUGCAUUGAAGCUUCACACGUUUCUUCAGAUUGAUAAAACUAAAUCAUAGCAUCAUAAAUCAUAACAUCAAGUCCCAUAACUCUGACAUGUAUUUUGCCAAGCUGUGUCUUCUUUUGAAGGUUAAAGUUUGUCAUGCAACUUACCAUCCCCCAAACUAAUGUAGAUACUGCAUUGAAACUGUAUAGAUAUUUUACUAACAUUUAGGGUAAUAUUCCUGCUUCUGGGACACCAAUUCGAAUAGUCGAGCAUUGGCUCUCUUACGGUCAACACUUGUUUUUAUAUACAACUAGCAACUUUUUUGAAGUUCAGAAUUCAGAAUGGGAAAUAAUUCAUAGCUGGGUUUUUGCAAUUAGUAAUGAUUCUUACUUAAAAUGGUUGCAAACAAGAAUUGUCCGACAAAUUUUAGGAACAGAUGUUCUACUGUACAAAAUGAAGAUAUCCGAAAUAGAAAAAUGUUCUUUUUGCAAAUUAGAAAAAGAAACAUUGCUUCAUUUGUUCUUGGAUUGUACCAAUAUACAUUCUUUACUUCGAUAUGUAACUAAUAUAAUUAAACGUUUUGAUGUAAAAUUUUACGUAGAUAAAUACCAAUAUAAGGAGAGGCGUUUCUGUUCGUGAAUAUGACUGUUUUCAUAUAGUAUUAGUAAUUUUAUUUUGUUCUAUGUGUUGAGGUUUUAGAACAUAAACAGAAUUACAUAAGUAUCUCUUCCCUGAA